CCUGACUAGGGGUGGGUAAGAAAACAAGUAUAUAGCCUCUACCUCUCCAGCCAGGCCAGGACAGACACCAAGGACAGAGACGCUGACGAGCUUUGUUCCUAGGCCACCUUCCCUACUGUCACCACCAUGAAGCUACUUGCAAUGACUGUGUUGCUGCUGACCAUCUAUAGACUGGAAGGAGCUCUGGUUCGGAGAGAGGCAGAGGAGCCGGGUCUGCAGGGCCUGCUCUCUCAGUAUGUCCAGAAACUCACCACAUAUGGGACGUACCUGAUAGAGAAGGUCAAGGCCCCGGAGCUUCAGGCCCAAGCCAGGGAUUACCUUGAAAAGUCAAAGGAGGAGCUGACACCCUUGGUCAAGAAGGCUGGAAACGAUCUGGUUAACCUGUUGGGCCAUUUUGUGCACUUUGAAACACAACCUUCCACCUAGUGAGUUGUCCAGACCAUUGUCUUCCGGCCCCAGCUGGCCUCUAGAACAUCCACUGGCCAGGCCUAGAGCCCCUACCUCUACCAACUCCCUGUUUGCUACAAUAAAUGCUGCAGGAGUCAA